AUGCUGGUGUUAUCGAGAGAAGCCGUUUGUUUACCCGUUGAAUUGAUUCUAUACAUCGCUAGGUUUCUACGACCCGAUGACAUUAUGAAACUUUUGCAAGCAGCAAAAGGCCUUGAUAAUUUGCUUACAUUCCAUCACUUUGCCAUCAAAGGCGAAUAUGGCGAGUCUUUCUUGCAUCAUAUUGCAAGGAAUGGUGAUGAAAAGUUGAUGAAAAUGUUUUUCGCUAAAGCAAUGACAUCUGCCGUCAGACAUGAUCAUAUUGCACAGUUGCAUAGCGCUGCGACGCCCGGACAGAUACCAGGCACGAGGUCUCUUGCCUGCGCUAGUGUCAGUCUCAAUGAGCUUGAUCGUAAUAGAGAGACCCCUCUGCAUUGGGCUGCUAAGCAAGGCCAUCACACGGUUGUGAGAAUGCUGCUUGACAGAGAUGACAUUCAACCCGACCGGGGGAAUAGUCAAGGCAGAACACCGCUGUCGUUUGCUGCCGAACGCGGACACACACCCGUGGUGGACCUGCUUCUACGGCAGAAUAACGUCAAUGUUAACUCGAAGGAUUACUACGAUCGCACACCGCUGUCGUUUGCUGCCGAACACGGACAUAUCGGGGUCGUGGAGCUGAUGCUACAACAAGACAACAUUGAGGCUGACGCGGAGAAUUGCGACCAAGACGCAGCGGGAAGAUAUUUACCUGAAGACGGUGGUCGUACACCGUUAUCAUUCGCGGCCGGGAACGGACAUCUUGCAGUGGUAGAGCUUCUGGUGCAGCGAGACGAUGUUGACGCAGAUUUAUGGGAUGAUAGCCAUCGCACCCCGCUAUGGUGGGCAGCAAAGCAUGACCAUCUGGCUGUGGUGGAGCUGCUCAUGCGCCGAGAUGAUGUCGCAAUUGAUCUAUCAGAUCCAAGCCGUGCUACACCUAUAUUACUUGCAGCUCGCCCUUGCGAAUUUGCAAUGGCGGAGCUUCUAGCACGCCAAAUCGCUCCCCAGACCGACUCUCAGGCUGGCAAUGACCACACACUAAAUGUAAAUCAGUCUAGGCAGCCAUAA